AUGUCUGGAGUUGAGUUUAUCGCUGUCCUUGGAAUUGCUUCCAAUAUCAUAGCAGUUGUGGAUGCUUGUGUCAAGAUACAAGAUCGUAUUCAAUCAUACCGCCAAAACACUGCUUUCCGAGACCUGUGUCUACAGUUGCCUUUACUUGUCUCAGCCAUCGAAUCUCUUAGAUCCCCGCAAUAUCGCGAUCGUUUAGAUCCGUCAACUGAAAGGGCGUUGAUUCGUGUUCUGGAGGGAUGUCUUCGUCAAUUACAAAGUUUGGAGGGCUUGAUCAAAGAUCUGACACCCAGCAACGCAGCAUCUAAACUUCAGAAAACUUGGAAAGGCAUUCGAAGUUUCGGCAAAGACACUAAAGUGCGGGAGAUAGUCGGUAUUCUGGCAGAAUACAAGUCCACCAUCGCAUUGCACCUUUCUACCGUGCAUGUUCACAGCGCUACAAACCCCAGAGUAUCCUUGUCCGACAAAAAGUCAUACUUUGAUGUCCCUCAUUCGAGACUUUCCCAUUUUGUUGGACGAAAAGAUGUCUUGGAUCAAAUCCAGAUGGCAUUACAAGCAAGCCACAACAACCCUUCAAUAGCUGUGCUCACUGGCGUGGGAGGUCAAGGGAAAACUCAAAUCGCCCUAGAAUUCUGCCACCAGCAUCUCAGCCGUUUCAAAGGUGUGUUUUGGGUUGAUGCAUCAUCGCGGGUUUCCGCGUUCCGUGGAUAUGAGAGGAUUUUGAAGACAAUCGACAGUACUACAGUUCUCGCUGGUAGCGAGGAAAAUAAAUCACUCGUGAGAAAUAUCUUGCGUGAUUGGAAUGAGCCAUGGCUGUUGAUUUUCGAUAAUUACGAUGAUCCAAAGUCUUUUAGUGACUUGUCAUCCUUUUUUCCAGCGGCCAGUAACAAAAACAGCGCCAUCAUCGUGACAAGUCGUCACAUAUCAAGUGGUAGACUUGGAAGUCACUUGAGAUUAGACGGGCUGACUGAGGAAGAUAGUCUACAAUUAUUGACCUCUCGAUGCUCGUCAGCUUCAGGCACCGAGGAUGAUUUGAGGGAGGGAAGAGAUAUCGUCAAAAGGCUCGGAUACCUACCACUUGCUAUCGAUCAAGCUGCAAGUUAUAUUUCAAUUCGUCAGCUUCCACUCCACAUGUUUUCAACCCAUUUUCAGAAGCGAAAGGAGUUUAUACUGAAUGAUACCCCACAAUCUUUGUGGGAAUACCAAAGAAGACGUGGCUUGGCGGAUCCACAAGGAACUUCCGAACAUUUAUCAGUUCUCACCACCUGGGAGCUAUCCUUUGACCAGAUUUCUGGGAAUGACAAGGAUAGGGAGUGGAUUGGAGAAUUCCUGGUCCAAGCUGCGUACUUCAGCCCGACGAGCAUUAGCGAAACGCUAUUUAACACUCAUGAUUCUCAUAACGCCCACUCUCUAGAAUGGAGAUCUGUUUUCUGCAGCGGGGGCUCUUGGGACACCUUCAAGUUCCAAGAUAUCGUUGUCAGCCUCGUCAAUCUAUCGCUCAUUCAGAGCAUGGAGAUUACUAGCCAUGAAGAUUGGCUGCAGCUCAGAAAGUCUGCAGAACGACGCCGGGCGUAUGUGUAUCUUGCGAUCACAUCAACGGCAUCUGUUAUUCAAGAAAGAGAUACGGAAAUGUUUUCGUUGCAAAAACGACAAGAGCUACUAUCACAUAUCGAUGCCUGUAUUGACAACACCACCUGUUAUUUGACUGAUCAGAAAAGCAUCAUAGAAUACGGAGGCUUUGUUGAAGGAUUUCAGACCACCUUUGCUACAUUUUACGGUCAACAUGAUAGAAAUCUUGAUGCGGAACGUUUAUUCCGCCAGUCACUUGAUACCCAGAUGUCUCAAUUGGGAACAAACAAUAUCGCGACUCUGAGCACGAUGAAUAAUCUUGCAGCCCUAUAUCUUGACUCAAAAAGGCUGGAUGAAGCUCGACCUCUGCUUUACCAAGCGUUGGCAAUAAAAGAAAGUAUACUCGGUGCGGAACAUCCGCGGACGCUUAACACUGUCAAUAACCUUGGAAAUCUUCUCGUCCUACAAUUGAACUUUGAUGAUGCGACAAAUAUGUACCAAAGGACGUUGGCAGGUUAUCAAAAACUUAAAGGUCCGAUCCACAAGACAGUGAUAGAAUCUUUAAACAAUUUGGGCGAGGUUGCUAUGAAGAGGGGCAACUUCUCGGAGGCUGAAGGGCUGUUCCAAGAAGGGCUUAGAAAACUACAAAUAUGCUCUGGUGGUGAGGAGGAUGCCUUAGCGCUAUAUGUGAAAUCAAAUGUAGCUUUGGUCUACAAGCUUCAACAUCGAUACGAAGAGGCAGAGAACGCGUAUCACACCCUGAUUGAAAAGCGGAAAGCCCUUCUUGGCUCCAAGCAUUCCAGCACAUUGCAAUCGAUAUGCGAGUUGGCGGAUGUCUACUUUGCUCUCGGCCAACUAAAACUUGCGGGCGAAUGGUAUCUUCAGGGUGGUGCUAGCAGAGAACGCGUCAUCACGGGGACAACUUCUUACCGUACUCCCAGCGAAGAAGCUACGAGCUUGCACCUGAAAUUCGAGUUGUUAGCAAUUCUAAACGAUCAAGGAAUUCCAGACACCGCGUCUGAUGUUAGUCCUGCUUCUAUUGAUCGAAGUGGACCUUGUAUUCCAGAUGACUCUAUUCACCAUUCACAACCGAACAUGCUAGAUAGCCCUGGAAUACUGGAGCCACACCAACCACAGACGACCAACCUAGUCAAAUCAUCUUCGGGUCAAUUACCACUCGAAUUUUGCGAGCUUGACAGUGUUGGAAUACAAAGGCAGCAGUGCCCAUCCCCAUGUCACAUGAGACUGCCAAUGCUGCAGCCUACCAGGUCUCAUAUGCUUUCUCGUGUAGAUCGUGGAGGACUUAAUAUACCGCAACAGGCUCCACCACACAACGCGUUCUCUCCAUCGGACAUGUCUUUGUUUCAAACGCAAAAAGUCGAAUGGGGGAAGGUGAAAACGCCUUCAGACUGGCACUUGCUCCUCAAGCACACACCCGAUUCCAGUUCUGUUCCAGCUCAAAAUUCCAUCGAUCGUCAAGGAAAGGCUUUCCGAAAUAAACAAGUGGCUAUAACACCUCUCAGGUUAGCCUUUCCAUCAAACUCAACUCCAAUCAGAGAAACGACCCAGGAUAUUGAUCGAAGGGAAAGACCGCAAAACAAGCGCCGCCUCUCGCUUGGCGAAGAAACUCUUCUAAAUAAGCUCGCGGAUCCAUCGACAAGGACGCAGCAGCUUCAAUCAAACCCACCAAAAAUAGCAGCAAUUGAUCAUUCAAACAUUGGGGUGAGACAACACUUAGGAUCCGCCAACGAGGUUGUCAACGACUUGAAGCUGGAGUGGAGCAGCUCUGCCAUUGUCCCUUUGUCCGAUUGGGCGACUUCUCUAGACAGCAUUGAUCGCAACGGAGGUAACUUUGAAAAUCUCCCCCAGGAUAAUUCCAGGUUAUCCAAGGAGGAGGGAAAGUCGUGGCGCCAGACUUAG